UUCAAUGCUAAAUUCAAAAUGGAAAUCUCUCAAUUUUCCAAUCGAACAAUGGGGGAAAAUAUUUAAGAGAUGGAUGUCGGAGGAGAAUACCAAAAUUUACGAUUGUGGGCCCAUAAUAGACGAUCGAGGGAUAUGUGCAGUAAAGCCUUGUGACUCUGAUAUAUGCCAUCCGCAACCGCGAGUCAUCAUCAUCGGCGCCGGCAUGGCAGGGCUGUCUGCCGCUGCUAGGUUAGCGCAACGCGGCAUUGAUAAUAUUGCCGUACUAGAGGCCAAUGAAAGACCAGGAGGGAGAAUUAAUUCAUGUUGGCUCGGUGACAUUGUAGCAGAAUUAGGCGCUCACUGGAGGCCCGACAACUGCUUCACCCAUCUAGUUCAUUCGUUGGCUGCGACUGAAAACCCUCCUCGACCUGGUGUUCCAGGUGCUUUGCAUACGAGAGGACUUUUUAAUAAAGCGGUCACUGGAAAAAUGGCAUAUCCUCCCACGAUUAGUGCAUACUACAAAUUUCGGCAAAUAGAGGAGGAGGCUGCGCAAUUAUAUUGUUUGGGCGGGAACAAGCAACAUGGAUCUUUAGUAAAUUUUAUGAGUCUUCGAAUUCAACAAGAGCUUCAUGAGUACCCACCGGAGCAGCAGGAGGAUGCCGCUAGAAUAAUGUUCGGACUCGCACAUAUAUUAAGUGCCCGGUGCGCAAGCGACACCGCAUUGCUCCGAGCGGACCACUCUUGUUGUUUCAUGAACAUGCCGGGCGGAGAGGUGAGAGUGCCCUUAGGGUUGAUAGCCACAUUAGCACCAAUCCUUCGACAAAUACCAGAGGGAGUGAUACGUUACUGUAAACCAGUCAAUUCCAUCUACUGGGGCACAUCCCAAAAAGCGGGACAUCGUGCUAUAGUUUGCGCGUGUGAUGGGGAGGAAUUCCCAGCAGACUAUGUCAUAACUACGGUAUCCCUGGGCGUGCUGGGUUGUAACGCCGGGCGUUUGUUUUGCCCGACACUAUCAGCCGCGAAGAUAGACGCUAUGCGCUGUCUUGGAUAUGGUUAUUGUAAUAAAAUUUUCUUAGAGUAUUGCCGUCCGUUCUGGUUUUGGCAUAAAGGAGAUUUAAAUUUCAAUUAUCAAAAUAACGAACUUUCCUGUCAAUCGAACUGGACUAAAGGUAUUACGGCAAUAGAGAUGGUGCCUAAUAGCAAUCAUGUAAUAUGUGUAUGGGUCGCGGGCGAGGAAGCUAUGGCAAUGGAAUGUAUGUCCGACAAAGACGUAGCCGAGGAUGUCACAGAUGUACUGAGAUGCUCGACUGGCAACCAAUGUUUACCAUAUCCGGUGUCAGUGUUAAGGUCGCGGUGGAUUUCAGAUCCAUUCUUCUGCGGCUCCUACUCUUAUGAAGUGGAGUGUACUGGUGGCGAAGCUCAAAGAACUUUGGCGUGUCCGCUGCCGGGGCCCGGCUCACCGAUACCUCCUAUACUUCUCUUCGCCGGAGAGGCCACCGUUCCCGGUCACUUCGCCACUGUGGCGGGAGCAAGAAUAAGUGGAAUAAGAGAAGCCGAAAGAAUUGUCCAACUUACAAUGAGGUAUAAAGGCCCGCCAAUACCAGUAGAAUGUCAACAAGCAGGGGCAAAACAAAUAUGAAAAACAUUCAUUUCGCCUAAUUUUCUUAAUGCGUUAACUG